AUGGAUCCAGACACGCUGAAGCACUACCUGGCGGACAACCCCCCACUCGUCGUCCCGCUCAAGAUCAAACCGCACUUCGAGGCCCUAAGCGCCGAAGAGAAGCUCUACGCGCACUACAUCUCCGUUGCAUGCUUCGCCGGCACGCGCAUCGUGCUGCGCCAGGUCUCGCCGGAGUCGGAACACAUCUACGACUUCAUAAUUGCUUUGCACAAGCACUGCGAUGGGGACUGGAAGAAGCUGCAAGAAGAGGCGGGCAUGGGGGAUGAGGAGUUAAGACACUUCCUUAGGUAUGCGGCGCAGUUCCUGGGGAACGCGGGGAACUACAAGAGCUUUGGGGACACGAAGUUUGUGCCGCGCUUUGAGGAGGGGACGUUGAAGGCGUUGGCAGAUGUGUCCGAUGAGACAAGAAACCUCUAUGAGAAGGUCAAGAAGGGGAUCUUUGCCGCGGAGACAGAGGCGAAGAUGCUGUUGGGGUAUCCGGAUGCUGGACAUCUGUCUACAUAUUACCCUGACUCGCCGGACAUCACGAAGGGGGAGAUUGAGGAGGUUAGCAAAUUCCUGAUGGAUAAGGGGUUGCUCCCAGAGAACACACGGCUCAAGAAGACGGCAGGGGGGUUUGAGGUGUUGAUCGCUUCGGCCUCCAAGGAUCCGAGGAAAGAGGAGAGGGAUAUUCCGGAGACUGAGUGGGAUCUUGAAGGCGAGCUCCAGGGCAAGAAGCUCAAGCUCGUCUUCGGCGACCACGCUUUCGAGAUGGGCAAGAUCGCGGACGCACUGGAAGAGGCGGGCAAGCACGCUGCCAACGAGACGCAGAAGAGCAUGAUGCAGGAAUAUGUCAAGUCCUUCCGGACCGGUUCGCUGGAAGCUUACAAGCAGAGCCAACGCUACUGGAUCAGGGACAAGGGCCCGAUGGUAGAGUCAGACAUCGGAUUCGUGGAGACAUACCGCGAUCCACAUGGCAUCCGCGGCGAGUGGGAAGGGUUCGCGGCCAUGGUCAACAAAGAGCGUACCAAGGCGUUCGGGAAGUUGGUUGAGGCUGCACCAGAGUUGAUUCCGAGACUGCCGUGGAGCAAAGACUUUGAGAAGGACAAGUUUCUCAGUCCGGACUUCACGUCUCUGGAGGUGCUGACUUUCGCCGGCAGUGGUAUUCCCGCAGGAAUAAAUAUACCUAACUAUGACGACAUCAGACAGACGGAAGGGUUCAAAAACGUCUCCCUUGGAAACGUUCUCAGCGCUAAGGCGCCGAAUGAGCCCAUCCCAUUCAUCAAAGAGAGUGACUUAGAGCUGUACUCCAAGUAUCGAGACGUAGCAUUCGAGGUACAAGUAGGCCUGCACGAACUCCUCGGCCACGGUUGCGGCAAGCUGCUUCAGGAGACAGAGCCGGGAAAGUACAAUUUCGACAUCAAGAACCCCCCAUUUAACCCAGUUACCGGCAAGCCCGUCGAUAGCUGGUAUGCACCAGGCCAGACAUGGGGCAGCGUGUUUGGCAGCAUUGCGGCAAGUUACGAAGAAUGCCGCGCCGAAUGCGUGGCCAUGGCUCUCAGCUGCGACUUCGAAAUUCUGAAAAUCUUUGGCCUAGGUGACGGCACUGUCGACAUGGACGGCGAAGCCGGAGACGUGUUGUAUGCCGCCUACCUCAGCAUGGCCCGUGCCGGAGUUGUGGCUCUAGAGUACUGGGACCCGAAGAGCAGAAAAUGGGGUCAGGCGCAUAUGCAGGCUCGCUUCUCCAUUAUGCGGACCUUCCUGAACGCCGGCGUUGAGUUUUGCGAGCUGCAGUGGACGAAGGAUGACCUCUCGGAUCUUACCAUCUUCCUUGACAGGUCGAAGAUCAUCAGUCAUGGCAGGCCGGCGGUGGAGGACUAUCUACGGCAGCUUCAUAUCUACAAGUCCACAGCGGAUGUCAAGAGAGCAAGGAGACUCUACGAGGAAAUCACAACAGUAGAGCCCCAUUAUGAGAACAGAGUCAGGCCGGCAGUGUUGGCUGCGAAGACGCCGAGGAAAGUGUUUGUGCAGGCGAACACGUUUAUGGAGGGGGAUCAGGUCGUGCUCAAGGAGUAUGAGUCUACCCUAGAGGGCAUGAUUAGGAGCUAUGCCGAGAGGGAAUAUAUCUAA